CCAACUCCCAGCCUCCAACUCCCAGCCUCCAACUCACAACACCACACACAAAAGACCAAAAGACCAAAAGACCAAAGACCCCUUUGACCUGGGUUCUUCCGAUUCCCCGUUCCCGACCACCCGGCUCCUCACCCUAUGUGGUACAGCUAGUCCGAACGAGCCAAUACAAGGGCCGUGGCUGCCUCUUGAAAUCCCCCGAGGCAUUGGCAAUGCCAUUGCUUGUGCUUCGCAACGCCGAUCUCGAGACCUAGAGUGUCUCCCUCCCCCAUCCCUGUCCUUUGUCCUAUCCUACUUCGCCGUAUCCAGUCGACCUCGACCAUCCACACACUCCACGAUACCUUCGUCUUCCUUCCCUCGCCCCGCCGCAUACCAUGGACCCUUCAAGUUCGACAGAAGCACCCAUUGAACUCGCGAGAUCGCGCGCAUCGUCGGUCUCCAGCAUUUCCACUACAAGCAUCGUCUUUGACCGACUCCACGAAGAGACCGAGAAGGCCAAUGCCAGGAGACCUAUGCCUAUGCGCAAUGCCUCGCCCACAUACAAAGACGACGACGGGCUUGACCAUGAUGCCGGGUACAAGGAGUCCGAUGCCACCGACCUUGAGACAGGUCCCUUCCUGAGCCCCGCGAGCGGGGAGGACGGGCUGGACGGGCUGGACGUGGAGAAACCCCGCCAGGGCAUGGAUAAAAGCUUCAAGAGGGGGGUUUGUAUCGCUGCGGCUGUCUUUGUCGCCAUAUGGUUUGGUAUUCUUUUCAUCUUCCUCACCGUCAAGUCGGACGUUUCGACGGACCAGGUCGACGACGGCCUAAGCUCGACCUUCCACAAGUCGGGUAAGCCCGUCACCCUCGACCAGGUCUUGGCCGGGUUCUGGCGGCCCGCUUCGCACUCGAUCAGCUGGAUUCCCGGCCCGGACGGCGAGGACGGCUUGCUCCUGGAACAAGGCGCUCACGAAAAGGACUACUUGGUCGUUCAGGACGUUCGCUCCCUCGCAUCCAGCGCGAACGCCGCCGCCCGCGACGACGACCUUCAGGCCGAGGCCAGCCGUACCCUCAUGAAAGAGAGGUGGUUUUCCUGGGCGGACCAGCAACACACCGCCGUCGACGUCUGGCCCAGCCCUGACCUGAAAAAGGUCCUCGUUUCCACGCUGAAGCAGCGCAAUUGGCGCCACUCCUUCACCGCCGUCUACUGGAUCUUCGACGUCGAGUCGCAGACCGCCGAGCCGCUCGUCCCGGACCAUCCCGAGGCGCGCGUUCAGCUGGCCACCUGGAAUUCCCAGGGCGACGCCGUCGUGUUCACCCGCGAGAACAACAUGUACCUCCGGAAACUGUCCGACGACGACAAGGACAAGGCCGUCAUACCCAUCACGGAGGACGGCGGGCCCGAGUACUUCUACGGCAUUCCGGAUUGGGUCUACGAGGAGGAAGUGUUCGGCGGCCGAAAGGCCACCUGGUGGUCCGGCGACGGGAAAUACAUCGCCUUCCUGCGCACCAACGAGACCGAGGUCGUCGAAUACCCCGUCCAGUACUUCGUUUCGCGCCCCAGCGGCGACGCCGCCGAGCCCGGCGAGGAGUACUACCCGGAAACGAGCCACAUCAAGUACCCCAAGGCCGGCAGCCCCAACCCCACCGUGGACCUGAUGUUCUACGACGUCUCCAAGGACCAAGUCUUCUCGGUCGAGAUCGAAGGCGACUUCCCCGACGAUGACAGGCUGAUCAACUUCGUCAUGUGGGCUGGCGACCGCGUCUUGGUCAAGACGACGAACCGCGUGAGCGACGUGCUGCAGGUCGUCCUCAUCGACGUGGCCGCGCGAUCGGGCAAGACGGUCCGGCGCGUGGACGUGGCCGAGGUGGAUGGAGGCUGGUUCGAGAUCACCCAGAGCACGCGGUACAUCCCCGCAGACCCCGAGCGUGGACGGCCGGACGACGGCUAUGUUGACAGCGUCAUUCACGACAACGGGGACCACCUCGCCUACUUCUCUCCCGUGGACAACCCGGAACCUGUCAUGGUGACCAAGGGCACCGAGUGGGAGGUGGCAAAGGGCCCCCUUUCCGUCGACCUGAAGAACAAUCUCGUCUAUUUCUCCUCCACCGAGGAGUCCUCGAUCCAGCGUCACAUAUACAGCGUCUUUCUCAACGGCACCGGCCUGGAGCCCUUCACUGACACGAGCGCCGAGGGCUACUACGACAUGUCCUUCUCCUCCGGCGGCGGCUACGGCCUCCUCUCGUACAACGGGCCCCAGAUCCCCUGGCAGAAAGUAGUCAGCACCCCGGGGAACCCCAGCCCGUUCGAGCACAUGGUCGAAGAGAACAAGCACCUCGAAGAAAGCGCCAAGACGCACCAACUCCCCCGUCUGAAAUACGGCACCCUCAACGUCGAGGGCUUCGACCUCAACUACGUCGAACGCCGGCCGCCCAACUUCGACGAGACCAAGAAAUACCCCGUCCUCUUCUACCAGUACUCCGGCCCGGGCUCCCAGAGCGUCACCAAGAAGUUCACCGUCGACUUCCAGUCGUACGUGGCCUCGGCCCUCGGCUACCUCGUCGUCACCGUCGACGGCCGCGGCACGGGCUCCAUCGGCCGCCGCGCCCGCGUGGCCAUCCGGGACCACCUGGGCCGGUACGAGGCCCUGGACCAGAUCGCCGCCGCCCAGCACUGGGCCGCCCAACCCUACGUCGACCCCGCCCGCCUCGCCAUCUGGGGCUGGAGCUUCGGCGGCUUCAACACCCUCAAGACCCUCGAGGCCGACGGCGGCCGCACCUUCCGCUACGGCAUGGCCGUCGCCCCCGUCACCGACUGGCGCUUCUACGACAGCGUCUACACCGAGCGCUACAUGCGCACCCCGCAGCUCAACCCGGACGGCUACGCGGAGACCGCCGUCACCAACGUCACCGCCCUCGCCGGGAACGUGCGCUUCCUCCUCAUGCACGGCGUCGCGGACGACAACGUCCAUUUCCAGAACACCCUCACGUUGCUGGACCGCCUGGACGUCGCGGGCGUGGAGAACUACGAUGUCCACGUGUUUCCGGACAGCGAUCAUAGUAUUUACUUUCAUAAUGCGAAUCGCAUUGUGUACGACAAACUCAGCAAUUGGCUCAUCAACGCCUUCAACGGUGAAUGGGUCAAGGUCGCCAACGCGAAACCCAAGGUCGAGCCUAGACGGGCGGAAGAGGUCGCGGCGAGACGGUCCGACAGGGUCAACGGUGGCCACUGGGUGUAGGACACCUUCAUUACUUCCAGUCCUAUUAUUUAUGCAUUAUUACUACUGUUGGGUUUUCUUUAUUGUCGCUGCACGCGAACAGAGCAGACAGACGAAAGGACAGGCGCCUGGGAAUUGGGAAGCAUGGGAGGAGGGACGUGAUAGAUGCAUGUUUCCCCUGUCGAAUUGGCUAUGCAAAUGGAAUCAAACUACUUCACCAGACUGCGCCCGUCCAUUCACGUACUUUGUUGCACCACCAUAUGAGUAGGCCUGUCCCAAGAGACUCAAAUAUG